CCAUGUAGUCUCUUGUCAAGCUUUGUUCUCUGUAUCUGCUGUUUGACUUCCAGGGUUUUCCUUCUGUUCACACAUUCAACAUGUUUGUGCAAAAGCUAAUCUGGAUCACAUUGUUGCGGUUUCUGUGUCAACAUGUCUCUGCAGGUGCUUCAAAAGCAAAAAUGACAACUACAAAAACAAUGGUGACCUGUGAAGGAGAAUCUGUGGUUCUCAAAUGUGAUGUGGGGCUCAUAAAGGUUCUUAAAGCCAGUUAUGGGCGGACUGAUUGCAAAACGUGUGCUAGUGGGAAACCAGCUGAUCAGCUCUCAAAUACACGCUGCCUUGCACAGUCCUCUCUGUCCACAAUGUCCACUAGGUGUGAUGGAACAAAGAGCUGUACUGUUCCUGCAGUGAACUCCGUUUUCUCUGAUCCUUGUGUUGGGACUUAUAAAUACCUGAAUGUGACUUAUGACUGUGUCCAACCAAGUGCAGAAGCAAAAACGAAUACGAAUACGAAAACAAACACAAAAACAACGGUGACCUGUGAAGGAGAAUCUGCGGGUCUCACAUGUGAUGUGGGACUCAUAAAGGUUCUUAAAGCCAAUUAUGGGCGGACUGAUUGCAAAACGUGCGCUAGUGGGAAACCAGCUGAUCAGCUCUCAAAUACACGCUGUCUCGCACAGUCAUCUCUCUCCACAAUGUCCGCUCGGUGUGAUGGAACACAGAGCUGUACUGUUCCUGCAGUGAACUCCGUUUUCUCUGAUCCUUGUUAUGGUACUUAUAAAUACCUGGAUGUGACUUAUGACUGUGUCAAAUCAAGUGCAGACACAAAAACGAAUACGAAAACGACAAACACAAAAACGAAAACAACAGUGACCUGUGAAGGAGAAUCUGCGAGCCUCAAAUGUGAUGUGGGAUUCAUAAAGGUUCUUAAAGCCAAUUAUGGGCGGACUGAUUGCAAAACGUGUGCAAGUGGGAAACCAGCUGAUCAGCUCUCAAAUACACGCUGCCUCGCACAGUCUUCUCUCUGCACAAUGUCCGCUCGGUGUGAUGGAACACAGAGCUGUACUGUUCCUGCAGUGAACUCCGUUUUCUCUGAUCCUUGCGUUGGGACUUAUAAAUACCUGGAUGUGACUUAUGACUGUGUCCAAUCAAAGGAACAAUGUAACCGGUGUCAGAUGGGGUGAAAUGGUUCACAAGACUUCUUCCUAAGUGCUUCAAAUUGUUUUCUCUGAUCCAUGUGUGGGUGUCCAUAAAUAUCUGGAUGUGACAUACAGCUGUAAAUAAAAGUUACUGUCCUGCCACAAAUGUAUCUUGUCACUUGUUCACAAAUGGUAAUGGGCAAUUUUCCCCUCUUGUGGGCUUUAAUAUUCUAUACUCCUACACAAUUGUCAUGUAUUGUAAUUUUCAUGACAAGUGAUGUACAUGAGAGAAUUUAAGUGAAAUGAAACUCAAGAAAUCCUAUUUAAUCUGCAAUUUCUCUCCCUAACAACUCCCUCUUUUUGUAGUUGCUGUGGCAUUUGUCAAAGUUGUGUUCAGACACCAAUGAGACAGCAGCUCUACAGUACAUUUACCAUGCAUCUCAAUCGGCUCCUAGUUAAGUAGUCAGGGCAUUGAUCAGGCCACAUUCAUUUACACAGUAUACUGAUUCACGACCGAGGGAGCUGAUUGAGAUGCAGGGCUUGCUUCAUUGCUCCAUCUUUGUCGUGUGUGUGGUUUUUUUUUUUUUUUUUUUUUUUUGGGUCACCAAUGUGUGCUUGACAAGACUGGUUUGAGCUUGAGUACCACCAAGUUGUUUUACUGUAACUUCAGCAUCUCCAGGCACGUGAACAAAAGUGGCAGUCUCAUUGGUGCAUGAGGCAUUAAAUGUCGGUGAUAAGCCUGUGCAAUCAUCCAGGUGUGCACAAGCCUUGAGGAUUUUCAAUUUUGGUUUGAAAGGGUCUUUACAUUUACCCCCAAAUUUUUACUUUUUUGUUAUAAACAAAAACAAGCCCAGCCCAUGUGAGGGGGGGGGAAAAGUAAUGCAAAAGUAAUGUAACGCAUUUAGUUACUUUUUAAGGGAGUGAUGCAAUAUUAUAAUGCAUUACUUUUAAAGGUAAUUUUCCUCAACACUAGUGCUAAGACAUUUUAGAAAUCCAGACCAGGUGUUGUUUUUCAGCCAUGUCUGGAAUAAAGAUGGCUGUUGGGGUGAUAUUAAAUGACUUGAACAGUGAU